GUCGGAGAGUUCCGAGUUCACAGUUGAUGUGAACGCGACAAACGUCCAGACUUCAAUCAAUGACCUUCAGUCAGGAGCGCACUUUGGAACUGCAGGACUCUUGAGUAACCAUGCAGACAAUUGAAGUUCUGAAACAGUCCCUCUCCAGCCUGGAUCCUACCCAGCAGCAGCAGCUCUUGGUGGCCGGGUCUUCGGUGGCGGUGCUGCUGACCUGUUAUUACUGGGUGUAUCAAGGGACGAAGACCAAGCGCAUCCCAAUAGGGGAUGGGUGGUGGGGGGCAGGAGAGAAGCCUCAGUCAGAGGAUGAGAAGGUUUUCCCCUUUCAGGUCCAGACUUCCGAUGAAGAGAUACAGGACUUGUAUGACCGUAUUGACAGGACCCGGUACACUGAACCACUGGAGGACACAGGCUUCCAGUAUGGCUUCAACUCUACCUACCUGAAGAAGGUGGUCUCCCACUGGAGACAUCAAUUUAACUGGAAGAAGCAGAUUGCAAUACUCAACAAGUAUCCUCAAUUCAAAACCAAUAUCGAGGGAUUGGAUGUACACUUUAUCCAUGUGCGUCCACCUCACCGUGAGGGCCAGAGGGUGUUGCCUCUAAUGCUGGUGCAUGGCUGGCCUGGCUCUGUCUAUGAGUUCUAUAGGAUCCUGCCCUUACUCACUAACUCGCUGGACAGUCUGGCUUUCGAAGUCAUCUGCCCCUCCAUCCCAGGAUAUGGCUUCUCCGAGGCCCCUCAUAAGCAAGGGUUUGACACUCUGGCUGCAGCGAGGGUCUUCCACAAGCUGAUGGAGCGUCUGGGUUUCUCAGACUAUUAUCUGCAGGGAGGAGACUGGGGUGCAAUCAUCACUACUAACAUGGCCCAGAUGAAGCCAGAGUGUGUAAAGGGUCUCCACCUCAACAUGUUAACUAACAACAUGAGGGGGUUCGGUGUCCUGUUUUCAAUCCUGAUUGGCCGCUACCUGCCAUGGCUGGUUGGGUUCACCCGGGAGGAUGUCAGGAGGUUGUUUGGUUCAGUAGGUUUCAUGGAAAAGAACAUCUAUGAGAUCAUCAGAGAGACGGGCUACCUGCACAUCCAGGGCACCAAGCCAGACUCCGCAGGAUGUGGAGUGAAUGACUCUCCAGUAGGCCUGGCUGCUUACAUACUGGAGAAGUUCUCCACCUGGACUGACUUCAACAACAGGGACUUGGAAGAUGGGGGACUGGAGAGGAAGUUCACCCUGGACGACCUGCUGACCAACAUCAUGAUCUACUGGACCACCGGCUCCAUCGUGUCCUCCAUGAGGUUCUACAAGGAGAACUUAAAGACCAACAUUGACAACAGACUGGAUAAUCAUACGGGGGUGUAUGUUCCUACAGGCCUGGCUGCGUUCCCCAACGAGGUAAGGCACGUGCCCCAGUCGUGGGCCAGGGACAGGUUCAGGAACAUCUACUCCUACUCUUACAUGCCCCGAGGAGGCCACUUCGCUGCCUUCGAGGAGCCACAGCUCCUGGCUGACGACCUGCUGCAGUUUGUGAAGAAGGUGGAGAAGUUGUAGAGUUGAUGGAUACAAGAGGUCGACUCUCCACUCCUGCCAAGUGCCUGGAAGAAAAACCAGCAGGACUGCAGAACGUGAUAACACUACAGCUUGGAAUUGUAGCUUUGUACUAAAAACAUUUAAAUGUUAAUCUAAGAUAUAAAAUCAGAAGCACUGUCUGAUUAUCAGGUAAAUACUUGGGUCUAUCAGUGAUGUUAACACUGCAAUAUGAUCAUGCUCAGUGAUUGUGUUGGUGUAAUAUUAAGGCUAUACAGUCAACAUAAUGGACCUAUACUGUAAUAAUGAAAUGAUCAGCACUUCAAUACAGAUGUCUUGAAAUUCA